CCAUAGCGUUCACGAUUUUGCACAUCAUGCCGGGGGUGACAACGACAACCAAAACGCCCGAAAAGCCUGUAAAUGGUGUCACAGAGGAACCAAAGAAAGAUCCAGAUGUCUUGACAUUAGAAGAUAUCAGAGAACAUGUACGACAUAUUGAGAAGUCUGUCUCCACCAAGGAGCCUCGGUAUGUGUCGCGGGUCAUGCGAGGCCUGGUGGGCAUUCGUCGGAGACUCAAUCCAGCAGUAUUGAGAAAACUGCUGAAUGGCUACAUGGUCAACCAGGUUACCCAAAAGGAAGAACUGAUGAAAUACUUAGAUGAGCCAAUGGAAUCAGAUGGGCCAGACACGCCAUUCCGACCCAAGUCAGGUAAAGCUGCCAAUGCUGCUUUAUUACCAGAAGUAGAGACAUAUCUUCAUCUCCUUAUAUUGAUACAUUUGAUUGACCUACAGAAAUAUCCUAUGGCUGUGACAUGUGCAGAGUUGUUGAUGUCAAAGAUUGCGCUGCAAAACAGGCGUAGUCUCAACAUGCUAGCGGCUAAAUGCUACUUCUAUUAUUCUCGAGCUUAUGAACUUACAAAACAAUUGGACAAAAUCCGAUCUUUCUUACACGCCCGACUGCGGACUGCAACCCUGAGAUCAGACUACGAGGGGCAAGCCUCCCUCCUCAACCUCCUUCUAAGGAACUACCUCCAGUUCAAUCUUAUAGAGCAGGCUGACAAGCUGGUAUCUAAGUCCACCUUUCCUGAGAGUGCAUCUAACAAUGAGUGGGCUAGACAUCUGUACUAUUUAGGAAGAAUAAAAUCUGCUCAGCUUGAAUAUUCAGAGGCUCACAAAUAUUUGCUACAGGCCUUAAGGAAAGCCCCUCAACAUAGUGCAGUGGGCUUCAAACAGACAGUACAGAGACUGGCUAUCACGGUAGAGCUGUUGUUGGGAGAUAUACCAGACAGACAUGUGUUCAGACAGAAGUCGAUGAGGAAGACCCUGGCCCCAUACUUCCAACUUACCCAGGCUGUGAGAACGGGUAACCUGGCCAAGUUUAACGAGACGCUACACAAAUUUGGCUCCAAGUUCCAGGCCGAGGAUACCUACACACUUAUCAUCCGUCUACGUCAUAAUGUCAUCAAGACCGGCGUAAGGAUGAUUAACCAGUCUUACUCCAAGAUCUCGCUGAUGGACAUCGCACAGAAACUGAUGCUGGAUAGUCCAGAGGAUGCGGAGUAUAUUGUAGCUAAGGCUAUCCGGGACGGAGUUAUAGAGGCCACUAUUGAUCAUGAACAAGGCUAUGUUCAGUCCAAAGAGACGAGUGACAUCUACACAACUAAGGAACCUAUGGCAGCAUUUCACCAGCGUAUCAGCUUCUGUCUGGAUAUUCAUAAUUCUUCUGUUAAGGCCAUGAGAUUUCCACCAAAAUCAUACAAUAAGGAUUUAGAAUCAGCUGAGGAGAGACGGGAGCGUGAACAACAAGAACUAGAAAGUGCCAAGGAGAUAGCGGACGAGGACUUUGACGGGUUUCCGUAGAUUGUGAUAGACUUGUGUGUUAGAGACUUGUCUGGCUUUGUUAGGUCUCCCUGUCACAGUGACAUCAAGUUUUUAACUGACAAACCAUUGAUGAUAUUGUUUCAAAAAGACCUAACUCGUUGGUGAUUCACUGGUGUUGUAUCUAUUAACUCAAAAAUUGGCAUUUAACUUCACUGCCAUGUAAGUCAUCAUUUGUCAGUAUGCUAAUUAUUUUGUUUUGAAAUGACAAAAGAAGAUUUAUACAUGGACACUUUUGAGCAUUGUAUGCUGAAUUAAGUGAAUAUGUGCUGUUAUAAGAGGAAAUAUAGUGAAUAUUGGUAAAAUAUUUCACACAGAUUAAGUACUGAUAAGUUAGAAGCUUUGAUCAGACAAUGGUCAGAGGAAGCCAGUACAGUAUAGUGCUAUUUAUGCCACAAUGCAUGAUAAUUCUAAGAGUAUUAUCGUGCAUUGUGAUACAGUUCACCAGGUUUUAAGUAUUUUCAUGAUUCCUAUGAUGUACUAUAGAAUUUCUUAAUAAUGCUAUUACUUAGUAAAAGAAAUGGAGACAUCAUAAAGAUCUGGAUGCAGGGUCACAUUUUCAUAACCUUCAUUGCUAUGAUAAGCACUCUAUGGAUUUCAAUUGACAUUAAUCAAUUUGAUAUGGUAAAAAGAUCCUCAUUUUUGUCGACAGGAAACUUUAAAUUCAAAAGUAAAUCUGUCAGAAAAUACAAGAUUAAGGAACAAAAAAGAAUUUUAAGGGAUGUUGUAUAUAAUUCAAAGUUGUCGGUUCGAUAUGAAACAUUAAAUCUGAUUCAUUACUACAAUUGUAGUUACACAAUGAGAGAUAUUAACUUGACAUUAUUCUCAAAGAUAAAGAUUCUGCAUCUCUCCAUGGAGUAUGAAUAAAGAUGUCAUCAACAACUGAUGCUGCAGUAACAAGGUUAUUAAAGAGGUUACUUGUUCUUGGAUGGGUGUAGAUGAAUGUAUUUGUGUUCUUCGUAAGGUUUUCGAGAGAUUUCCAAGAAUUAUAGACUACAUACAAUUUAUAAUAAAUAUGUUCAAAAUAC